AGAUCAUUCGAAUUCGUUUUUCCUUCAAAAACAAAAUUCGAUAAACCUUUGGAUAACAAAUAAAACUUUCAUCCAAAAUGGGAGAGAAAUCGAUAGAAUCCUACUAAGAUCAUCAAGAUCAGUGAAGGAAAAAAGACAAUGUACACUCACUCAUAUGCACACACACGAACCAAUGCAUCGGUAAGAUUCGCAUAAACAUACAAAAUAGGAGUAAAACAGUAAACAAACAAAAAUAAAAUUAAAGUGAGGAGACAAAUAUUCUAACAAAAUAAAAAGACAUAAAAUAGCGUCACACCUACUCUUUCUUCUUCUACCUUUAGUAUCUCCCUCCUGUCUUCAUACUCCUUUACACUCCUCUCCUUCAUCAUUUCUUCUUCUUUACACCUCUCCAAUGGUAGAAUCUCCCAUUCACUAACUUUCUCUCUGCAUACCAAUUCAAAAGUCUCAUCAAUGGCGGCUCGAAAACUCGGGUCGUUGUUACGUCAAUACUUUUUCUCUCUAUGCUUCCUCUUCCUCGGUUGCUUCUUCUUCCCUAAAACCGCAGACCAUAAACAAAAGAGGAAGAAGAAGAAACUUAGAACAGUUUCUUCAUCUUCUUCUGGUUCAGCUUUAUCAUCUUCUUGGACGUACUUAAAACGAGUUUUCUUAUCCACGACAAGGAUAUCUAAAUCCCGUAACCAAACACAUCCUAACGCAACUUUAACAUCCGCAAGAUCAUCUCAAAACUCACUCGUCACUCUCGUCCAACCCGAUACAUCAAACCAACCCGACCCGGAAACCCAUAUUCAACAACAAACCGAAUUCGAGAUCUCGUGUAGCGAGAUUUUCCAUUGUAACUCGUGUGGCGAGAUUUUCCCCAGAAUCAAUCUCCUCGAAAACCAUAUCGCGAUCAAACACGCCGUGUCGGAGCUAAUCGCCGGAGAAUCAAGCACGAACAUCGUUAAGAUCAUAUUCAAAUCUGGUUGGCCGGAGCAAGGUAAUCACAAAUCUCCGGUGAUCAAUCGAAUCUUAAAAAUCCACAACAGUCAAAAGAUUCUCACCAGAUUCGAAGAGUAUCGUGAGUUCGUCAAAGCUAAAGCCGCUCGUAGCAACGGCGGUGGAAGACGGUGGGACGAUGAACGUUGCGUCGCCGACGGGAACGAGCUUUUACGAUUUUACUGCUCGACGUUUAUGUGUGAUCUAGGGCAAAACGGUAAAUCAAAUCUCUGUGGUCAUCAAUAUUGUAGCAUAUGUGGGAUCAUCGGAUCUGGAUUCUCGCCGAAGCUCGACGGAAUCGCGACGUUUGCGACGGGAUGGAGAGGACACGUGGCGGUACCGGAGGAGGUUGAAGAGGAGUUUGGGUUUAUGAAUGUGAAACGGGCCAUGUUGGUUUGUCGGGUCGUAGCGGGUCGGGUCGGGUGUGAUUUGAUGGAUGGUGAUGACGUGGAAAAGAGUGAUGGUGGAGGGUAUGAUUCUCUGGUUGGGCAGAGUGGGAACAAGAGUGGGGCUCUUUUGAGGUUCGACGAUGAUGAGCUUUUGGUGUUUAAUCCAAGGGCUGUGCUUCCUUGUUUUGUUAUUGUGUAUACUGUGUAACCGGUUUUGUGAUCCUGUGUGUUUUUUGUUUAUAUUUUGUUACAAUUGUGAAGUGUGAAACGCUUAGGUUUGUUUGGAAAUGUGGUAAAAUCUUUGUGGUGAGUUUCCAUAUGAUCUAGGUACAUUUUGAGAGGUUAUGUGACUAAAGAUUGAAAGAUAGUUCAACAGUUUAUGUUUGUA